AGCUCAGAGGCUCAGAGCAGCGAUAUUGUUCCAGGCGCGCACCAAAGGCAGGAACUGAUUGGUCCUACUUGUGUGAGAUUCGCCACAUACCAGCGUGUAACUGAAAUACCUCUCAUUCAACUUUUAUAUAUCUGUAUUUUUUUUUUUACCAGCCUUUAAUUUUAAUCCAGUUAACUUUUUUGGUUGCACCUGCCCGGAGGAUACAGCGGUCCAUCCGUCUCCUCAGUGCGGGAUCGGGAGUUGGACCGGCCAGCUGCGCAGGAGAGCUCCCCCGCGAAAACGCGUCAUGGGAUACGGGAGAAUUAUUGCAGCUUUUUCCCUGCACACCUGAAGGUUUUGUGGAUUUAUAAGGCACACUUUAAAAGACAAGUUAAGACUCUGAUUUGCUUGCUUUCAGAGGAAAGUUUUGUCACCGCUCCGGAAUUUAAAUCUUCCUCCAGGGACUCUGUUACUUCAGUUUCAGGACACGGUUUUGGAUUUUGGUGACAGGAUGGCUUCAUCGGACUGCUUCAAACUGGUCGCUGUCAUCUUGUGUUGUUCGUCACUCACAAAUGCAGGACACUCGGAGAGAGAGCACUCGCCCAAGAUUCUGCCCUCUGACAAUCCACUUGUGUAUCAAAAGGAUGAUAUCUUAAUCCUCAUGUGCAGAGGUCACGGCGUCCUGCACUGGAGACUUGCCAACGCCCAAAGGUCGAUCCCAUCACAGGGGGUGAAGGUGGAGCAGUGUGAUUCCAGACAUCACUCACACUGCAGCAAACUCACAGUCACACACCUGAGUGCCAAUGACACAGGGAUCUACAGCUGUAAAUACUCUAAAGCUGCUUCAGACUACGUCACCUCAACCUAUGUCUACGUCGAAGAUCCCGAGCAACCAUUUGUGGAGCCCCGUUAUUCAACACCAUUCAUUUUGGGCAUCUACAGGCACGAGACCAGCCUUGUGGUUCCCUGUCGGACAUCGUCUCCUAAUACUACUGUGACACUGACAGGGGUCCCACAUUUAUCUAAGGCGAUCAUUAAGGGAAUGGUUUGGGAUCCAAAGGUGGGGUUCACGAUUCCUUAUGGUCCCUACACGGUGUACACAAUGCUCAUGUGCAACACUGUGGUCAACGGCAUUGAGUUUAAGUCAGUGUACAUCCCUCAGAGACAGACUCUUGUCCUUAACAAUGUGAAGAUCACCCCAGAGCGUGUUAAAGUUUUGGUUGGGGACACCCUCAUCCUCAACUGUAGUGGGGAGACCACCUAUAAUGGGAGAAUCAACUUCACCUGGGAUUUUCCAAGAAGAAAAGAAAACCGACAUUAUACAGAAAAGCCCAAACUCAUACCUGCUCAGGUUCUUGUAAUGAGCAAGACUUUAGUGUUGCCAAACAUUACCAUGGAGGAUAGGGGAGUGUAUCGCUGCAAAGCUGACCUUGAACCCACAAAGCACAAGAAUGCUUCAGUAAAAGUCACUGUCUUUGAGCAUCCCUUCCUCAACGUCUCAUACAGGCAUGAGCGACCAAGCACAGUGAUUGUCAAUGAAGGGAGAAAGAAGUUUGUGUUUGACCCGAAGGUCAACGCUCUGCCACCACCUGACAUGAUAGCAUGGUAUAAAGAUGGGGUCCCCAUACAGAAGAAUUCCACUUGUUACAAGAUGUCUGGUUUUAACCUGGCCAUCACAGAUGUGCAGCCGAAGCAUGCUGGCAUCUUCACCAUAAGCCUGGGCAACAGAUUGAAGGGCCUGUACAGGAAUCUGAGCUACACUCUGGUAGUUGACGUGAAACCAACUAUUUCGGAGGCGGAGCUUGCCAAUGUGGACGUACAGCCCUACAUGUCUGGCAAACAGCAGCAGCUAACCUGCACUGCUUAUGGGUUGCCCCUGCCAACCAUCACUUGGUUUUGGCAGCCGUGUAACUCAGACCCUACACUUAAAAAUUGUUUAGCUUACACUGAGCCAGUUCUGGUCAACACUGAUGAUAGAAGCAAUCAGUCCCAAAACUGGAUCAAGAACAUAAUUGUCAAGCCUGAACUGGUUAAAGGAAAAAACAAGACUGUGAGUACGUUGGUGAUUGGAGAAGCCCACGUGUCAGGAAAGUACUCCUGUAAGGCCGAGAAUGAGGAUGGCGAGAGCACAAUGACAAAGCCUUUUUACGUCGAUGAUCACCCCGACGAAAUUACCACUGAACCUCACACAGCCAUUGAGGGGAAUGACAUCACUCUGACCUGUCGGGCAACCCGUUACCUCUACACAGACCUGCAGUGGUUGGAUUCCAGGAAUCAAACGGUCACGUCCAACGUGUCUAGUCUCCAGCUCAGCCGAUACUCCAUUUCCCUUUCCCUCUAUCUGCAUAAUGUGUCCCAAAACAGCACUGCAGGGUACAAAUGCCAAGCAUACAAGCUCCACAAGAGGGUUGAAGUCAAGACUGCUGCACUUACUGUGGUUGCAAGAACACAACCAUGGCUGAGUCAAAAUCUGACUAAUCAGGAUGUGAACAGCAGCAGCACCCUGGUCCUGGCUUGCUAUGCUUCGGGAGUUCCUCGACCCAACAUCAUGUGGUACAAAAAUGGUGUUCCAGUGGAAGAAAGUCCAGGUAUUACACUCGGCAAAGACGGGGCUCUGACCAUCGAAAGGGUGAAGAAAGACGAUGAGGGUCUGUACGAGUGUGUCGCCAGCAAUGUUGAAGGCUACGCGAAAACAAGUGCUGUUGUUACUGUGCUCGGAGAUGAAGGGAAGCCAAACGUUGAGGUCAUAAUCUUGGUGUGUACGGGAGCUGCUGCCACGUUCCUCUGGCUGAUGCUUAUCCUCUUCAUUCGCAAGCUGAGGAAGCAACCUGCACACUACAAGAUGGGCCCUUCCAUCAUCAUUGAUCCUGACGAGUAUCCCCUGGAUGAGCAGAAUGACCUUCUUCAGUAUGACAGCAGCAAAUGGGAGUUUCCCCGAGACCGCCUGCGACUAGGCAAAACUCUCGGUCACGGAGCUUUUGGAAAAGUUGUCGAGGCUUCUGCCUUUGGGAUCGACAAGCUAUCAACCUGCAAGACUGUUGCGGUCAAAAUGCUGAAAGGAGGUGCUACAUCAAAUGAGCGGAAAGCCCUGAUGUCAGAGUUAAAGAUCCUGAUUCACAUCGGUCAUCACCUCAAUGUGGUCAACCUGCUGGGAGCCUGCACGAAACCUGGAGGACCCUUGAUGAUGAUAGUGGAGUUCUGCAAAUACGGCAACUUGUCCAACUAUUUGAGAGGCAAGAGGGAUGACUUCCUUGUGUACAAGAGCCAGGACGGUAAGGUGGUGACCUCAGGAUCGGGCUGUGAGCUGAGCGAGCUGAUGAAGCGCCGCCUGGAGAGCGUAGCCAGCACCGGAAGCUCCGCCAGCUCUGGCUUCAUCGAAGAUAAGAGCUACUGCGACUCAGAGGAAGAGGAAGAAGAAUCUGAGGACUUAUAUAAGAGAGUUCUGACACUGGAAGAUUUAAUUUGCUACAGUUUCCAAGUUGCAAAAGGCAUGGAGUUCUUGGCAUCACGCAAGUGCAUUCAUCGUGAUUUGGCAGCACGAAACAUCCUGCUCUCUGAGAAUAAUGUUGUAAAGAUUUGUGAUUUUGGACUCGCCAGGGACAUCUACAAAGACCCGGAUUAUGUGCGCAAAGGAGAUGCUAGACUGCCACUCAAGUGGAUGGCACCUGAGGCUAUUUUUGACAAGAUCUACACGACUCAGAGCGACGUUUGGUCCUUUGGUGUUCUUAUGUGGGAGAUCUUCUCUCUGGGUGCCUCCCCGUAUCCUGGUGUCCAGAUUGAUGAAGAAUUUUGUUGCCGACUGAAAGAGGGAACCAGAAUGAGGGCACCAGAAUAUUCUUCCUCUGAAAUAUAUCAGACGAUGCUGGACUGCUGGCAGGGUGAGCCACAGGAGCGACCCACCUUCACUGAGCUGGUGGAAAGGCUGGGAGACUUGCUUCAGGCCAGCGUGCAACAGGAGGGUAAGCACUACAUACCCAUCAACACAGCCUUGCUGGCGAAGGUGGGAGACCAGACCGCCACAGUGAUAUCAGAGGAGACACCGACACGACCUGUUUCCCAGCGCAACUCAGGAAGCAACUGGAACAUUAAGAUCCGUCCUGCUAGCGUAAAAACCUUCGACGAGGUUACCAUGGAGGACGGGACGAAUGAGAACCACGAGGGUCAGUCGGACAGCGGGAUGGGCCUUUCCUCUGACAACAUGAAGACACUGAUGCGCUUUGAAUCACUGGCAGGCCGACCUCUGAGCAUCAUGGCUCUGGCGAUGAAGGCGGUGAGUAAGAGUAAAGAGUCUGUGCUGAGUGACGCAGAGAAGGAGAAAUAUCCACCCACGGUUCCUCCUUUAGACUUGAGUCUGGACGACUCAGCUCUGGAUGCCAGCCUGGAGUGUCACAGCCCGCCGCCCGACUACAACUACGUGGUGCGUUACUCCACCCCUCCUGUGUAACCUCCUGUUUCACCCCUGGAGACUCUGAGACUGACAGCCUCAAGGCCUUUGCUUUGUUCUCCUCUGUUUUGACUCUUAUCUCCGGACCGUUGUGUGGCAACGUUUGAGGGGGAAACACGAGAUUCCCUCUUCGAGUGUUAAGAAAAGACGCUCAUGAAUCCGCUUGACUGUAAACCUCUGCAUCUUCCAACUUCUGGAGCGUCUGCUGUGCAACAAAAAGGAAACCUGCUGUGCGUUGAUUCCUUUCCAGUUUUCAGGCGUAGGCUCACGUCAAUGCUGCUGGUCCGUUCCACAUUCACUGUGAUAUGUCAAACAGCUGAAAACAGGCUCAGGUAUUUCUUUGAUCUACUGUGAAACAAACCACAAUGAUCCCAACUGUAGCACAGAUCUGAACAAACCUUUGAUGAUGAUGAAGACAAAGCAUCUAGGACUGAAAGAAAGAGGUCUAAUCAGGCUGUUUAAAUGUAUUUUAAUGUUAUUUUUUGAAGAAGUGAAAACAAGAAAGUGAAUUUGUGGAAAAGAAAGUCAAAGAAAAGUUGUUUUUGUAAUGUGGCUACAUCCGUCCAUGUGAAGGUUAAUUUAUGCUCAAAGCAAAAACAGAUGAAACAAAAUGAAUAUUAAUGAUAAACGUCUCUUAUUUGAAGAUAUUUCUAUUCUGAUUUUAUUUUUAAAAAAAUAAAAAUAAAAAAUUCAGCUCAGUAACUCAGGUUGACCCAGAGUGACGGAAGAGAAGGAGGACUCUGGACUGAACGGAUGUUUUUUAAGUUCUCUUAGGUUAUGGAAAAUCAGACAUUAAUGGGGGAAACAGGGUAGAGCUGACAGUAAGAACAGAUUUAACAUUACAGCUCGACCAUGAAAACGAUUAAAUGAUGAGUUACUGCAUGAGUACACUCCUCCUCCUGUCCCAGUCGGAUGUUGACUUGUUGUGUUUUUUGGUAAAAACUCAAAAGAAAGUAAGCCGCAAACCAGAUUUGUGUAUUUUCUUGUGUACAGAUUUAGUUAGAAACAUGAGAUGAGAACAAGACUUCAUAGGAACAGUUUAAUCAGAAAGCACUAGUUAAAUGAAUUGUGUAUUUAAAUAGAUUGUAAACACUGCCACGUAGUACUCCACCUCUGUUUAGAUUGUUACGUAAAAGUUAACCAAAGGAUUUUCCAGCUCAGUCUUCCUGAUGUCAACAUGUAAUACCCUGAUGUUUAGUUCCAGACUUAUAUGCUGUUUGUGCUGCUGUAAUCACUGAUAGUAAAAGCUGAGCGAAUCUGCUUCUGCAGAAAGAGCUACGUUGGAUAUUCUCCGUCCUUUAUCUUGUGCUAGUGAAGCUUGCAGUGCAGGUUUCAGAAACUCUACGUGUGUGUGAAGUUAGCAGCAGUCUGUUGUGACUCACUGUUACAUUAAUUAACAUGUAAAAUCUCCACAUUGAGCAAUUUAUUUUUAAAAAAAAAAAAAGAGAGAGAGAUUUACGAACCAAAACCUUCAGUCUCGCUGGUUUCAGCACACACACAUUCUGUAGAAACACAGCUAGCUUGUGUUUUUUGACCACUAAAGACACAGUAUUUGUCAAAUGGUGUGCAGUGGAUGUUUCCAACUGGUGCAUUUCCAAAUGAGGUUUUAUGUUUGUGACCAAAUUAUUGUUUAUGUGGAGAAUUGAUAAUGCACUGAUACUUUUUCAGGCCAUUUCCCAGACAUGUAUUAAGUCUAGUCCAACACUUCAGGCCUCAUCCAUGUCUGGAGAAACAGAGCCUUUGUCAAGUAUAAUUUUUGUAUUUUAAAGGUAUAUUAUUAUAAAACAGUGUUGAGGGUCACAUGUUACAAAGAUUUUAUUUUUUGCUUGUAUUUAACUCUUAUCUGUAGUAAGCUACAUAGUAAGAAAAUUAACGUUUGCAGUAUUUGUUGUAUUAUUUCUUGCCGGCCUAACAUCAUCGAUGUAUUGCUUUCAUUUAAUGGAUUAUGUUCUUGUAAUUCUGUCGUACAUUUCCAGCUUCAUAUGAACGGUUAUUUUCUGCUGUCACAGUACCUUUCAAAGAUUUCACCCUGAUCACAAAGAGAAGUUUGGAUGUUGGAUUUUAUUGCAUUUCUUUACAAAUAACCACGACUGUUAACCCCUGCAGCAGCUCCGACCUUCCUCCUAGCUGUUGUUGACGUAGUGCAACCAGGUAGUUUUAAUGAAAGUAAUGUUCCCAACACUGUUAACUGAGCAUAUGAAGUAAAUAAAUGAAUAAAGAUCUAUAUUUAUACAUUA